UGGGGGUGAGGGGAGAGGCGAGAGGUUCAGUGUGUGGAGCUGCUCGCGCAGCGCCCGGGCUGUCAGUCCCGGCUGGGGCCGCCCCGAAACCUUCCAGGAGAAGCGCACCCCCGCGCCCCGCACACCCUCGCUCGACCACACACACGCACAAGCUCAGCCUGGCCGCGCGGGAGCCACUGAGCAGCCAGAGAGCUCCGGGACCGGCUGCGGGCAGAGGACCGAGCCGCGUUCCCAUUGGGGCUUUCGCCGGGGAGACCGCAGCGAGCCUCCUGGGUGGGCUCGGACCCCUCAGGAACGCGGCGAGGGUCCGGCCAUCCGGCUGGCUGAGCCGAUCCAUGCGACCCGCGCUGGCCUCGGCAGGGAGUGCAGUAAAGAGGAGCGGCUGCAGAGAGCAGGACUGGAACUCCCCUGGUUCCAGCGCCGCCGCGACACACGGGUGGAAAUCCUAAUGGAGGGAUCGCUGACUUCCUUUGCUUGGGAAAAUCAUCAGGAACAACUCCGAUUUGGCUCCUCUGAGCAUCGGAGGGGGGUCCAUGACGUGGCACGGGGAAAAUAGACAACUGAAACCUCCUGUGUGAACUGCAAACUAUAGCCUAGGGAGGGGGAAGAACUGCUUUCUGCAUUUUAAUUUCACGCAAAAAGGUUCAAGUGUCUGUGCGGUAAACUUAUUUCCAUGUCUUGUACCCACUUCAGCAGAACCCAGAGAGUCCUAUCUUGGGGACAGCAUCAUCCCGAAGAGCCCCAGCCAGCGGCCUGUCUUCCUGUUCCCACAUUCCCCGGACUGCAUCCCUGUUUGGGGUACUCCAUCUAUCCUAUAGAGCUAUGGUCAGGUAUCUAUGAAUACUGGGCGAAUUUCUGAAACCCAAGUCUUACAACCUACCUGCGUGGCUGGAAUUUAACCUAAUACAUCUGAAGAAAUGACAUUUUGAGUCGUUUUUAUGAUGCCUUCUUUAAAAUUUAUGUAAAACAGGAUCUGAUAGGCUUAUCAACACGACAGGUAAGAACUUUCUGGCUCUCUAGUUCUGUCGCAGAGAAGGCCCAGGUUAAGCAGGAGAGAGAGAGAGAGAGAGAGAGAGAGAGAGAGAGAGAGAGAGAGAGAGACAGUCCAGGGACCCGUGUGCCCACUGAGGCUCUUCGGCAGACGGCUGCUUUUGCUAGAGGCCAGCCCUUGCUCCUGGACCAUCAGCUGGGGAAGCUUCUGGGGCGCGCGCCAGGAGACUGCUUUGCGCUCCACCUGCCCUGCCCUGGACACAGCCCUGGGUGUGAGGCAUCGAGAGACCACCUCAAAUCAAUAUUGGGAUUUUUAAUAAACUAAGGAAUGGGAUUUUAAUUAUUCAGAAACCCAGCUCCGCUGGGCCAGACGCUUUUGGGAUGGUGCUGGUCACACAGUGUUAAAGGGACCGACCGCCAAGAGCACUAGAAAAGCGUCCGAGACAUCCUUUGCAAUUAGGAACGAGCCAGACUGGUAGCACGGGGCAUUGAUUGCUGGUGCCCAUCCGGACCCUCCUCCUCUCUCCCUGAUCCUCCCCCCACCCCACCGGAGGCAGACUCCCGCGGCUCGGCCGGGACCUCGCGUCCUUGCAUCGUGGUCUGGGCUGCAUAUUUCAUGAGCCCAGGGUGAACAGGUGCGAAGUGCGCUGGGAGCAUCCGGCCCACGGCAGCGCGAGGGAACAUGGAGAGCGAGCGCGACAUGUACCGCCAGUUCCAGGACUGGUGCCUUAGGACUUACGGGGACUCAGGCAAGACCAAGACGGUGACCCGUAAGAAAUAUGAGCGGAUUGUUCAGCUUCUCAACGGCUCAGAGUCAAGCUCCACCGACAAUGCCAAAUUUAAAUUCUGGGUCAAAUCGAAGGGUUUCCAGCUGGGCCAGCCGGAUGAGGUCCGCGGGGGAGGCGGCGGCGCCAAGCAAGUGCUCUUCGUGCGGGUCAAGACCACGGAUGGCGUAGGAGUUGAUGAGAAGCUGUCUUUACGGCGAGUGGCUGUGGUUGAAGAUUUCUUUGACAUCAUCUAUUCCAUGCAUGUGGAGACAGGGCCGAAUGGCGAGCAAAUCCGGAAACAUGCUGGGCAGAAGAGAACUUACAAAGCAAUUUCAGAGAGCUAUGCCUUCCUACCAAGAGAAGCGGUGACACGGUUUCUAAUGAGCUGUUCCGAGUGCCAGAAAAGAAUGCACUUGAACCCAGAUGGAACCGAUCACAAAGAUAAUGGAAAGCCUCCUACACUGGUGACCAGCAUGAUCGACUACAACAUGCCAAUCACAAUGGCGUACAUGAAGCACAUGAAACUGCAGCUGUUGAACUCACAGCAAGAUGAGGAUGAAAGCUCAAUAGAAAGUGAUGAAUUUGACAUGAGUGAUUCAACACGAAUGUCAGCCGUGAACUCUGACCUUAGCUCCAAUCUGGAAGAAAGAAUGCAAAGUCCCCAGGCUCUCCAUGGGCAACAAGAUGAUGACUCUGCUGCAGAGAGCUCUAAUGGCAAUGAGACUCUGGGGCACAGCUCAGUUGCUUCAGGGGGAGCACAUGGCAGGGAGCCUGGGGACUCCAGCAGUGAUGGCAAAACUGGGCUGGAGCAGGAAGAGCAGCCACUGAACCUGAGUGACAGUCCCCGCUCUGCACAGCUGACUUCAGAAUUCAGGAUAGACGACCAAGGCAGUGAUGGGAAAAGCAAGUAUAAGAAUCUUCUAAUCUCUGACCUCAAGAUGGAACGAGAAGUGAGAGAAAAUGGAAGCAAGUCUCCAGCACACAGCUACUCCAGCUAUGACUCUGGCAAAAAUGAGAGUGUUGAUCGAGGUGCAGAGGAUCUGUCACUCAACAGGGGAGAUGAAGAUGAAGAUGAACAUGAUGAGCAUGAGGAUUCGGAGAAGGUGAACGAGACAGAUGGUGUGGAAGCUGAGAGGCUGAAAGCUUUCAAUAUGUUUGUCAGGCUGUUUGUAGAUGAAAACUUGGACCGAAUGGUCCCAAUCUCUAAGCAGCCCAAAGAAAAGAUCCAGGCUAUCAUUGACUCAUGCAGGCGACAAUUCCCUGAGUAUCAAGAGCGUGCCAGAAAACGUAUCCGUACUUACCUCAAGUCCUGCAGGCGGAUGAAAAGAAGUGGUUUUGAGAUGUCUCGACCUAUUCCUUCCCACCUUACUUCAGCAGUUGCAGAGAGUAUCUUGGCUUCAGCCUGUGAAAGCGAGAGUAGAAAUGCUGCCAAGAGGAUGCGUCUGGAUAAAGUACAGGAUGAAGCUGCUCCUGCUGACAAACAGUGCAAGCCGGAGGCAGCCCAGGCCACCUACUCAACCUCUGCUGUUCCAGGCUCCCAGGAGGUAUUGUACAUCAAUGGCAAUGGAACCUACAGUUACCAUAGUUACCGAGGGCUAGGAGGGCUGCUAAGCCUGGAUGACACUUCUAGUAGCGGACCCACAGAUCUGAGCAUGAAGAGGCAGCUGGCGACUGGCUCGGGAUCCUCCAGCAGUUCAACCUCCAGACCUCAGCUCAGUCCGACAGAAAUCAAUGCCGUGAGACAGCUUGUCGCCGGUUAUCGAGAAUCGGCUGCAUUUUUAUUGCGUUCUGCAGAUGAACUGGAAAAUCUCAUUUUACAACAGAACUGAGGCAAACGAUGUCUGUACUCACUGGGUUCUAAAUUUGCAGUUUCCACUAAUGACACUUGAUUUUCCAGCAGAGAUACUCCUGGGCUUGCUGCACAAUCUUUUAAGAAAAGCAUUUCCAUCAUGCUGGGUUGUCCUUGAUCCAUACCCUGGUGUGUUAAGGAACUUCAAAGGAACUCUGACCUUGAAGUACUGGAGAUGCUCAAAUGUGCCCAGCCUGUUGCUUUAUGUUUUAGUGUGUCAGCAUAAAUAUCAUAAGCAAUGUUUUAAAAGCCUGGAUAUUCUUAAUUCAAGGAUAAAAAUGAAGAAGCUUGUGGUAUAUAUAGGAAAAAAGCUCAAGAUCCAACUGAAAUAUUAGUGGAAUUUUCUACUGACUCGUUGGACUGAAAGAUGAAAUAUCUGGGGAAAAAAAAAGCCAAAUUUCUUGUUGCUACAGGAUAUGACAACAAUGAAAAGGAUCUUGUAUUUUAAAAGAAAAAUGUAAUUUUUAUAAAAAGAAAACUUGUUUUUCAUUCAGAAUGGUCAUUUUUACUUUGGUAACUUUUUCAUAGGUCCUAAGAGAAAACUGUUUUUUGAGAAACUAUUGUUAAGUACCCUUCCCGCAUCCCUUUUGCCUUCUCCUCUUUCCAAAUUCUUUCUACAAAUGAAAAUAACAACACUCAAUGCUGGAAAACCCUUUGCCUACUUUCUGUAAGUCAACCCAUCAGGAACUACUUCCAAGAGAUGCCUCCAUUUCCAGUCUCAAAACACCCACGCCACACGGCAGCUUACCACAGAAGUUUUCAUCCCAGAAUUUUCUAAAAGUUAUAAAAAAGACCAUGUUGAAAACAAAACACAACCCAGCCCCUCCGCGCCUGCUUUCCUCAGAGCUGCUCGCCCCUGGUUGCACUACCAAGCAACCCUCCAGAGCAGUGACUGGGUGUAGAUGACUGAAUGUUACUGAGGUUGCAAGUGACAAUCUUAAACUUUGCACUCUUGUAUGUAUUUCUCAUUUCUUUUGGAAAUAGUUUCCAGGACAGGCUGUUAUGUCUCCUGCUAUGAUUUGUAUCAUUUAAACUUCUGUUCUUGUUUUAAAUUGAGAGCUUUCAGCCGAUAGAGCUGAAUCUUAACAACGAAGAACUCUCCCUCCUGUCUCCCAGGCUCUGCCAUUUUCUCUAUUUCUAGUGUUAGACACACCUUGAGUGGUAUUUUCUGUGCACUGAAGCAAGCCUAUUUUUAAAAUAUUUAAGGAGAAGUACCUUAGUUCAUGCUUGUACUAUUUUCCUUUCUGUUGUUUAGCUUCGGUUGAAUUACAAGUUCUUUGUGCAUUCUUGAAUUUGCCUUAUUUUAUGUAAAAUCUAUCUCAUUCGGGUUUUGACAAUGAGUUGAAGGCAUUAGUGGUAUUCCUUACCUUCUUGUUACAUCUAGUUUUUCAAGUACUGAACUGUGAUUGUGACCAGGUAAUGUGCACUUUUUCUUGUAACUGUGGACAUUGCUAUGCUUUUUUCUUCUAGUGUUUCUAGAACUAUUGUUCCUUACAGUUACGUAAA